CGGAGCAGCUCCACACAGCGUCGGACGGAAGGAACCGUUUUUAAUGAUGUCACCGGCCGGGCGCAGAGAGGUCUUUAGGGUAGCAAAGGUGUGAUGUAUCUUUUAAUUCAUCGCACGACAUGACUUUGAUAUGGACGCGCUUAUAAAAUAUCCAUGUUGCAGAGGUUUUUGUGAUGAUUUGCGUCACGUUAAAGACCUGGAAGUGGUAACGUGUGUUGCGUUCAGUGUCAUUUUUAAAUAGCUGACUGUGUGCAUAUUUUAUGACCGUUAUAUGUUUAAGUUGACAUUUUCAAGGGUUUGAGUAUGAAUUUGCAAUCUGGGUUUGUAAUGUAGGAAGAAAAAAGAAGAAAAAAAUGUUAAUAUGGACUUCGCGUGCUAAAUUAUUAAAUGACCCAGCAUAUGAUAGUACGUAAAGUCACCACCGAAAUAAAUUCAUAGCACUACUGCUUUGUUACAAUAUUAGCUGUGUGUGUGCGCGCGCGUGCGUGUGCGAGAAUGUCUAUGUGCGUGUGUCGUCAGAAGGCCAAAUGCAUUGAUUGCGUGACAGAUGGGCUUUUGUGUGAAAUACGACUCGCUACCAACAUGACCUCCAGCGUCACACGCCGAACGGUGGGAGUUGUCUGGUGAAAAAAAAUGCAUUGUUGUGUUGGGGGAUGAGCCGUCCAGGCUUGGCUGCCGUUUAGCUCGUCUCUCCGGCUCUACUUUGCAGGAUAUGAACGGCCAUUUAAAGCAAAUAUUAGCGUGGACCACACUGUGGGGGAACAAACAGACACCCAAGCAUCUUUUAUGUUUGUAUCUGAUUUAAAUCGCCCGUUGAAUGAGAGCUGUGUGUUCGGAGAGAGAGCCACUUAGCAGGCCGUGUCGCCAUUGCUCUGUACGGCUGGUGGCUGGCUGUGGUUUUCAACACGCAACGCUCUUCACCAACAAGAAACACGGAGCAAAAAGAUGAAGAAGAAAGCCCGGAGCCACCGUGCCGCGGCACCGCCGAGGCCACCCUCACCCAUCAAGCCCUCGCCCAACAAGCAGAUCCUGACAUACGCCCAGGCCCAAAGAAUGGUCGAGUUUGAAAUUGAUGGCCACAUCCACCGCCUCAGUAUCUUCGACAAGCUCGACGUCAUCUCGGAUGACGACCCAGUGGUGCAGGAGAUGACGGAAUGGGCCAACAACAAGGAGAACUCUGAGAAACCGCAGCAGCAGGUUCUGUUACGGUCGGUUCGGUUAAAAAACAACCAAGAGAAGAGAAACGCCGCACUGGGCAUCGCUGCACAUAAAGGAGGCGGCGGACAUCCUGCUUGUGCUAAUCCUGAACCCAAACUUCCUGAGCCUAAAUUUCAGACUGUGGAAUAUAACCUACCUGCGGUUCCUAAACGGCCUCCUUCUUAUUAUAAAUUCGAAGUGAAAACAGAAGAAGAGCUUGAUGAGGAGACGGAGUACGACAUGGAUGAGGAAGAUUACGCCUGGCUGGAUUUGGUCAACGACAAACGGCGAAGUGAAGGUGUCAGUCAAGUGUCUUAUAAUGUCUUUGAGUUCUUAAUCGACCGUUUUGAAAAAGAGCUGUACCUGGAGGGCUUGGAAAAAGGCAGCGAAAGGCAAGCUUCUGUCGACGAGGAUGCUGUUUGCUGCAUCUGCAUGGACGACGAGUGUCACAACAGCAACGCCAUUCUUUUCUGUGAUAUGUGCAAUGUGGCCGUGCACCAGGAGUGCUACGGCGUGCCCUACAUCCCAGAGGGCCAGUGGCUUUGCCGACACUGCCUGCAGUCGCCCACGCAACCCGCAGGCUGCAUCCUUUGCCCCAGCAAGGGCGGAGCUGUGAAAAAGACAGACGACGGUCGCUGGGGCCACGUGGUCUGCGCCCUUUGGGUCCCCGAGGUGGGCUUCUCCAACACCACCUUUAUCGAGCCCAUCGAUGGCGUCAACCACAUCCCGCCCGCCCGAUGGAAGCUCACUUGCUACCUGUGCAAAGAAAAAGGCGUGGGGGCGUGCAUUCAGUGCCACAAAGCUAACUGCUACACAGCCUUCCACGUCAGCUGUGCACAAAAAGCCGGCUUGUUUAUGAAGAUGGAGCCCAUUAAGGACUUGACCGAGUCUGGAGAGCCCACCUUCUCAGUGAAAAAGACUGCCUACUGCGGCGCUCACACUCCAAACGGCUGCUUGAGGAGGAAGCUUACAAUCUACGAUGAGGCCAAACCCAAGAAUGGACUUUGCAGCCAAGUGGACAAGGCGAGUCGAAAGCAGCAGCAGCAGAAGAAGAGGAGGAGGAAACAUGAGCCUGAAGUUGAAAGUGAAGAUGCAACCCCUUCUGCCGUGCCUUCGUUUCCUGCUUAUAGGUUACAAGCCAUUUUGAACCAGGUGUCCAUCCAGAAAAAGAAAGCAUUUGUGGAGCUGGUCCUCAAUUACUGGACUCUCAAAAGGCAAUCCAGGAACGGCCUGCCAUUGAUACGUCGCCUCCAGACGAGCCUGCAAUCCCAGAAGAAUGCUCAGCCGGUUUGUUCAUCAAAGCAGAACGAGGAGGAAACGCGGGCGCUGAAGGACCAGCUGAAGCAGUGGCACCGACUCCGGCACGACCUCGAGAGAGCUCGGCUCCUGCUGGAGCUCAUUCGCAAGAGGGAGAAGCUCAAAAGGGAGGAGAUAAAGUUCCACGAGAGCCUGCUGGAGAUGCAGCUCACUCCCUUUAGUAUCCUGCUGAGAAACCUCUUAGACCAGCUACAGUCCAAAGACCAAGCUCGGAUCUUCAGUCAGCCAGUUGACGUCAGCGAGGUGCCCGACUACCUCGACCACAUCAAACACCCAAUGGACUUCUCCACCAUGCGUCAGCGCAUCGACGCCCAGAACUACACCAACUUCAACCAGUUUGAGCUGGACUUCAACCUCAUUGUCGACAACUGCAUGAAAUACAAUGCCAAGGACACAUAUUUCUACCGGGCAGCUGUCCGCCUUCGAGAUCAGGGUGGAGCCGUGAUCAGGAAGGCUCGACGUGAUGCAGAGAAAAUUGGCUUUGACGCAGAGAGCGGCAUGCAUCUUAUGGAUAUUCCUGAAGUGAAGACAACAUCCUUUUCUUGGGAGGAUGUGGACCGUCUCCUCGUACCGGCCAAUCGCAAUCACUUACCCCCGGACAAGCAGCUGCAGCAGCUCCUGGAGAAGUUCGACCUGACUUGCGCCAUGAAGUCCAGCCCCUCUCGCAGCAAACGCAUCAAGCUGCUCAAGAAGACCAUCAAUGACGUGCGCAGUGAAAUGAGCCUGAAGAUAGUCCCGCCGUCUUUUGUAGCCCCCUCCACAUCAGCAUCGGCAUCUACAGCCCAAUCUAAGGGUGUGAAGAAGGAGGAGAAAUGGAAGGCAAAUGGACAUUUACCAGAAGAUGAGGCAGACAAGUCUCUCCCGCCUAAACUUGAGCCUUCAGACGCCAUCCCUCCUCUUAUCCACUCAGACACAGACCCCGGGCCCCCCACCCUCAAACCGAUAGAUGCCGCCCCAGAGUGUGACGAUAAAUGCAACGGUGACCUAUCCGACCCCCCGCCAUCGUCGCCGCCACGACUCAACGGCCACUCUCACGACGGCCCCCAGGACUCGUUAUUUGACGGCGACGUCAGCGUGGUGGCUACGUCCACCCUGGCCGAGCUGGCGGGCACCAUGAGCCGACGUACCGCCGUGCUCUUCCGCAAAUCCAAAGUCGCCGUUCCCCACGUGCCAAGCGAUGACAGUGCCAACAGUGCUGACCAAAAAGAGAGCGAGAGGGAGGUGGAUAAUGGCGGCACGCAGCUGGGUACCAAAUCCUUCCUGUCCGUGGUCAUUCCGAGACUGGAGACAUUACUUCACAGCAAGAAGAGGAAGCAGAGAGACACUGAGGGUGAAGAUGAAGAGGAGGGAAGGUCUUCAGUUAAAAGACUUGAUAUGGGGCUGUCGAGAGGUUUCCUGGACGUAGAAGAGAUGAAGGAGCCUGAGCAGCCCAGUAGAGCCAGCCGACCCAUGGAGCCACGAAGACGCUGUGCAUCAGAGUCGUCCAUCUCCUCUUGCAGCAGUCUACCAGGAGGACCCAGCACCAUCCUCAGUCUUCCGAAGUGUGGAAAGGGGAAACCGGCCAUGGUGCGGAGAAACACUGUAGAUGAUAAGAGCGAAUUAAUCGCCUGCAUAGAAAAUGGGAAUUUUGCCAAAGCUGCACGGAUUGCUGCAGAGGUUGGCAACAGCAAUAUUUGGAUGCCCGCUAGUGCUGCAACUGUUGCGCUGGAACCCCUAAAGCUAGUUUGGGCCAAAUGUAGUGGAUACCCCUCCUACCCUGCCUUGAUCAUCGACCCCCACAUGCCGCGUGUGGGCUGCCAGCACAACGGGGUGUCCAUCCCCAUGCCCCCCAUGGACGUGCUCCGCAUCGGAGAACAAAUGCAGUACAAAUCGGACGAGAAACUCUACCUCGUGCUCUUUUUCGACAACAAACGCAGCUGGCAGUGGCUUCCUCGGUCCAAGAUGGUCCCUCUGGGUAUGGACAAGACCAUCGACAAGAUCAAAAUGAUGGAAGGCCGCACGUCCAGCAUUCGCAAGGCGGUCCAGGUGGCCUUCAGCCGCGCCAUGAACCACCUGAGCAUAGUGCAGGACGAGCCGGUCAGCGACCUCAGCGACGUCGACUGACGCCGCGCCCUCCCACCUGCACAAAACCCACACCUCUCCUGUACCUCUUCUUCUACGGCGGCGACCGACUAUUCCUCACUCCAUUCCCACUUGAACACACUCCUCAACGUGCCGAUGCUGCUUAAAUGAAUGUCCCGCCACACGUGUGUCACCUCCAGGCCUGUCACUGUGCUGAAGAGACCACCUCCACUGUCCACGCCACGAUUUCCUCCGCCAUUUCAAGCCAAACGUUUCCAUGUUGGCCGUUUUCCAGCAACAUUUAUAUCCAUACGACAUUCACACGUGAAAACUCCCUCCUUUGUAUUUAAACUGUAAAUAUGUAUAGUUGCUCGACACUAACUUAUUUUCUAGAGUUUUGUUGUAUUUAUACCUCUUGAUGCAUUUGUGGCGCUAAGGCGUGAGUGCUGAGGAAAAGAGAAAAAAAAAAGCCUUACAAAGCCUGAACAUGUAUGAAAGUAUUUCCUGUUUUAAAUUAUUGACCUUUAUAAUCAUUUGGUAUUAAUCCUUUUUUGUAUGAAAUAGUUUUAGUCUAUUUUUGUUCCUAUAUAGUAUAUUUAUAUGGUUUGGAUACAACGUGAUACAGUAUGUAUGAAGUCGGAUUUUGUGGACAAACAAACCAAAAAUGUUGCGACCCAGAUUUAUUUUUUGCAGGGUUUUAAGUGUGCGAUUUUUAUUAUUUUUAUUAUUUUGUGUUUGCUGUAGUUGUAGGGGCUGCACUAACUUAUUUGAAAGUAUUAUUACUUUAUAUUCAAGGAACAAUUGUGGUAAAGUGGCACAUUUAGUGAUGGGAUUCUUCUGAAUGGUUUUUAAGGUUUUUUUUUUUGGAGCUGUAGAAUAUAAUUUUUUUUCUGGGUAUAGCAUUGGUUAGCGUCAUUUCAUUUUGUAUUUAGUAGUUUUUAUGAAGUCACAUGAAAAAGCAAAAAAAUAAAAAAAAUGAUACAACUAGCAAAUGUUUCUCUCACGUAACUAGGCUGAUGUCAAUCUCUUGUUAAAUGCUGUGCGAUCGAUAGGCGACUUGCUGAUCUCUACUGCAUUAAGUAAUAAGACUAAUAUAAUAAGACUAUGAAAUUGAUUAUUAUACGUUAUUAUACUACAGGGCUUGGGUUACUUGCUGACAGUCAACAUCAUGGAAUGCCAUAAACGCUUGCAUCAAAGUUCGAUCACAUUAAUUAGAACAAAAUGUAAUAAUAUAACGACUACUGAGUGGUUAGUGCGCAGGCCACAGCUAGGAGA